AUAUGACUACUUGUACGACGACAGCGACUUCACAGCCGGAGACAUGUGCUGCGCAUGCGGGGGUGGCGAGGGUGGCAAUUCAACGGCGCCGACGCCCACCAGCCCGACGCCCGCACCCACGCCAUCUCCGAAUCCGGCAACUUGUGCGGACACUUCGGAGGAAGCAACAGGGACCAAUGGCGGCGGCUGCGAAUGGUGGACAGAUUAUGCUCAGUAUUGCGCAUAUGACUACUUGUACGACGACAGCGACUUCACAGCCGGAGACAUGUGCUGCGCAUGCGGGGGUGGCGAGGGUGGCAAUUCAACGGCGCCGACGCCCACCAGCCCGACGCCCGCACCCACGUCAUCUCCGAACAUGUGCUGCGCAUGCGGGGGUGGCGAGGGUGGCGAUUCAACGGCGCCGACGCCCACCAGCCCGACGCCCGCACCCACGCCAUCUUCGAAUCCGGCGAUUUGCGCGGACACCUCAGAGGAAGCAGUGGGGAUCAACGGCGGAGGCUGCGAAUGGUGGACGGAUUAUCCUUUGUUUUGUAUCUAUUCGCCUUUCUAUGACGACGCCGACUUCACAGCCGCAGAGAUGUGCUGCGCAUGUGGGGGCGGCGAAGCAACGGCAACUUGUGCGGACACUUCGGAGGAAGCAAUAGGGACCAAUGGCGGCGGUUGCGAGUGGUGGACAGAUUAUGCUCAGUAUUGCGCAUAUGACUAUUUGUACGACGACAGCGACUUCACAGCCGGAGACAUGUGUUGCGCAUGCGGGGGUGGCGAGGGUGGCGAUUCAACGGCGCCGACGCCCAGCAGCCCGACGCCCGCACCCAUGUCAUCUCCGAAUCCGGCAACUUGUGCGGACACUUCGGAGGAAGCAAUAGGGACCAAUGGCGGCGGUUGCGAAUGGUGGACAGAUUAUGCUCAGUAUUGCGCAUAUGACUACUUGUACGACGACAGCGACUUCACAGCCGGAGACAUGUGCUGCGCAUGCGGGGGUGGCGAGGGUGGCGAUUCAACGGCGCCGACGCCCAGCAGCCCGACGCCCGCACCCACGUCAUCUCCGAAUCCGGCAACUUGUGCGGACACUUCGGAGGAAGCAAUAGGGACCAAUGGCGGCGGUUGCGAAUGGUGGACAGAUUAUGCUCAGUAUUGCGCAUAUGACUUUUUGUACGACGACAGCGACUUCACAGCUGGAGACAUGUGUUGCGCAUGCGGGGGUGGCGAGGGUGGCGAUUCAACGGCGCCGACGCCCAGCAGCCCGACGCCCGCACCCACGUCAUCUCCGAAUCCGGCAACUUGUGCGGACACUUCGGAGGAAGCAAUAGGGACCAAUGGCGGCGGUUGCGAGUGGUGGACAGAUUAUGCUCAGUAUUGCGCAUAUGACUUUUUGUACGACGACAGCGACUUCACAGCCGGAGACAUGUGUUGCGCAUGCGGGGGUGGCGAGGGUGGCGAUUCAACGGCGCCGACGCCCAGCAGCCCGACGCCCGCACCCACGUCAUCUCCGAAUCCGGCAACUUGUGCGGACACUUCGGAGGAAGCAAUAGGGACCAAUGGCGGCGGUUGCGAAUGGUGGACAGAUUAUGCUCAGUAUUGCGCAUAUGACUUUUUGUACGACGACAGCGACUUCACAGCCGGAGACAUGUGCUGCGCAUGCGGGGGUGGCGAGGGUGGCGAUUCAACGGCGCCGACGCCCAGCAGCCCGACGCCCGCACCCACGUCAUCUCCGAAUCCGGCGCCGACGCCCAGCAGCCCGACGCCCGCACCCACGCCAUCUCCGAAUCCGGCAACUUGUGCGGACACUUCGGAGGAAGCAAUAGGGACCAAUGGCGGCGGUUGCGAAUGGUGGACAGAUUAUGCUCAGUAUUGCGCAUAUGACUUUUUGUACGACGACAGCGACUUCACAGCCGGAGACAUGUGCUGCGCAUGCGGGGGUGGCGAGGGUGGCGAUUCAACGGCGCCGACGCCCAGCAGCCCGACGCCCGCACCCACGUCAUCUCCGAAUCCGGCAACUUGUGCGGACACUUCGGAGGAAGCAAUAGGGACCAAUGGCGGCGGUUGCGAAUGGUGGACAGAUUAUGCUCAGUAUUGCGCAUAUGACUACUUGUACGACGACAGCGACUUCACAGCCGGAGACAUGUGCUGCGCAUGCGGGGGUGGCGAGGGUGGCGAUUCAACGGCGCCGACGCCCAGCAGCCCGACGCCCGCACCCACGCCAUCUCCGAAUCCGGCAACUUGUGCGGACACUUCGGAGGAAGCAAUAGGGACCAAUGGCGGCGGUUGCGAGUGGUGGACAGAUUAUGCUCAGUAUUGCGCAUAUGACUAUUUGUACGACGACAGCGACUUCACAGCCGGAGACAUGUGUUGCGCAUGCGGGGGUGGCGAGGGUGGCGAUUCAACGGCGCCGACGCCCAGCAGCCCGACGCCCGCACCCACGUCAUCUCCGAAUCCGGCAACUUGUGCGGACACUUCGGAGGAAGCAAUAGGGACCAAUGGCGGCGGCUGCGAAUGGUGGACAGAUUAUGCUCAGUAUUGCGCAUAUGACUACUUGUACGACGACAGCGACUUCACAGCCGGAGAUAUGUGCUGCGCAUGCGGGGGUGGCGAGGGUGGCGAUUCAACGGCGGCUUGCGAGGACAGCUCGGAGGUAGCAUUCGCGACCAAUCUCGGCGGCUGCCGAUGGUGGGCGUUUUAUGAUGAGUAUUGCAAGUAUUCUUCUUCUUAUGACGACACCGACUUCACAGCCGCAGAAAUGUGUUGUGCAUGUGGCGGCAGCGGUUCAACGGCUACGGUUGUGGUGACUGCCGAGUACACGUCGGAUGAAACUCUUCCAGCAGGUGUUACUUCAACAGAACUCAUGUCUUCUACUGUUUACAAGGCCGCUAAAACAACAGGUUUGGCGAAUGCUCUGUCUGUGCCUGAGUCCGACAUUACAAUUACGGAUUUCAUCCUGAAUGCCCGUCGGCUCUCCGAAGUUGUCCGCCAGCUCUCGGACACAGUUGCGAUCUCUGUGACGACUCGCUUCUCGAUUCUCGUCGCAGACGAGAGUGAUGCCUCUUCUCUGGCCACCACGAUUCAGGGAGCCGCAGAAGAUAUUAAGACCCACACUGAGAAUGCGAUGCAACAGGCUGAUUGGAGUGGAGAGUCAGUGAUUACCGCCGCUCCUACAAUGACGACACCCGACGUGUCCACCCCGAAUGUGUUUGUGGGGCCGACUCCGCUGCCGACGGGCAGCCCCACGCCCGCUCCUCCGACGCGCAGCCCCACGCCCGCUCCCACGGCAGCUCCGACGCCGACCCCGACGUCCGACGGCAUAUGCCGGUGGACAACGUAUGGAGAGUUCUGGUUCAACAGCAAGCUCGCCAAGGAGUAUGGCGAGGUGCCUGCGUUCAUAACCGGAGCCUUCGACGACGCGAUGGCAGCACGGGUGGGCGGCGCCGUCACCUGCGAUCAGCAGAGCAAGGCCCUUGAGUGGAAUUACCAGCCGUCGGAAUCUCUCAGCAUGGGCACAAUCGAGUGCCCGUCGGAUGUCGAUUCAGUGCCGUGUGUGAACGACACCACGACUACGAUUGAGAUUGAGAUAAGUUCUGCAUGCCCAGUGGAUCACCACGCCAUCUCCUGCGGAAUCGCUAUGCUAGCCGUCUUGCUCUCGUGAGGUUCGGCUCUUCUGACCAGUGCCUAUUCCACAGCCUUGAAAUGACAAAGUGCAGGAGGCUUGGUGAGAGUGUUUGCAGGUCCUGAGGUGUUGAUGACGUAUGCCGGGCAUUGGUGUCACUCUUUGUCGCCCUUCUUGUCAGCAGAAAAAGCUGUUGACUUAGAUUUUGAGCCGUCGGAAGCCUUCGGCAUGGGCACAGUCGAAUGCCCCCCCGGAUGGCGAUCUAGUUCCAUGUGCGAACUACACGACCCUGGCCGAGAACGAUCUAAGUUCUGCAUGCCCAGUGGUUCCCCAUUUGACCUCUUGCGACAUCGCUGGGCUCGCGGCCGUCCGCCCUUCAUGUUCGGUGGUGACAAAUGCCCACCCCACCGUCCUGAAAUAACAACGUUCAUAAUGCGACGGGAAGCCCUUUCGAGGCAUGCACUUUCCCAUCUCUAUUGCAUUUGAUCAACAUGUUGCUGUUGCCAUUUCCACUGAAUGGCUUGCUCCCGUUAUCCUUCUGAUUGUUAACCUGUACCUUACUGAUACUGAUAAUUUCCGUUCAAUCUAGGCUUGAGUGGCCCAGUCCAUUGUCGUGCUGAUUUUUAGUUGCAUUAGACAAGACGUUCGCAUGCGGCGCUUUCAUGACGGUGCUCAUUUGGGAAACUGUUGGAGGCUCUUGGCCCAAUGGCCCCUCUGGACGCUCAAGACGUUCCAGAGAAGGCCGCGACUGCGACCGUGCUGCUUUGAGCUGCGUGAAAAAAGACGCUCGCGUGCGGCGCUUUCAUGGCGGUGCUACUUCGGGACAGCGUUGGAGGCUUGCUUGCCCCUUUUGGCCCCC